AUGCUCCACUCUGACAGAGACCAAGAGGACAGCCAUGUUUUCAACCAGACCAGAGAUCCAGCCGUAAAAGAUAAGAGGCGGUCACCCCCGUCUUCCAGAUCCCCCUCCGCCCCCCAGCGCAACCCUCACCACAGCGGCUCCACAGAGGAACAGGAGAGCCCCGAGAGAGUGGUGCAGAAGGAGAAGCUCCAUGCCGAGCUGAAGCAGGUACUGAGCCAGAAGAGAAGUCAUCUGAGAGAGUCGACCUGCCAGCUGGCCCAACCAGAGAUGGACUCUGAGCCAGCAAAUGAACAGACAAGUGUGGAGGAAGCCUCUAAAUCUGUGGAAAUUGUGGUGGAGACAGAGGCCGGGGCUGGAGCCAGCGGCUACAGUGUGACUGGUGGAGGAGAGCGAGGGAUCUUUGUAAAAGACGUCCUCAAAGACUCUCCAGCUGCUAAACACCUCAGUCUACAGCAAGGUGACCAGCUGCUAAGUGCCAAAGUCUACUUUGACAAUGUGAGGUAUGAAGACGCUUUAAAAAUCCUUCAGUGCGCAGAGCCAUAUAGGGUCAGCUUCCAGCUUAAGCGAACCAUCCCUGGAGCAGAUGUCAGCGUGCGCCCAAAGGUUCCCAGUGUGGAGGUCAAAGGUCCCAAAGUCAAGAUGGCCAAAAUGAGUGUGAAGGGGACCAAACCAUUCAAGACUCAGAAGAAACGAGGUGGACGUUUUGGUCUGAAAAGGCUAAAAGAGAAGCGAAGAGAGGAGCUGGUGGUAGAGGGAACACCUCCCAGGCUGGAGAUGAGUGAUGUAGAAUUUUCUCUUCCCAAAUUCAAACAAAGGAAAAGUCCAAAAGUUGAAGUAGAGGGAGCCAGAGGAGCAGCAGUUGAGAGGAAGGCAAAGAAGAGGAUCAGGUUCCCGCAAAAGGGAGCAAAAGUGGAGACAGGACGGUUUGAAGGACAAGUGAAUAUUUCCCCAUCUGAAAUGCCUGGAGCUAAAGUGAAAACCAAAGGAAAAGGACACAAGUUUGGCAUCACCUUUCCUACAAGCAAACACACAAAGUCAGGCUCUACUUUGAAAACUGGAUCUGUAGAGCUGAAGCCUCCGGGGGUAAACAUCCAGCCGCCAUCUGUGGAGUUCAGUUUGUCUGCUAAUAAAGAUGUGAAUGUGGAGAAGGGAGCAUCUAAAGUUAGCAUACCUGAUGUGGAGUUUGCUCUCCCUUCAGGAAAAGCUGAGACAUCUUUGCCCAGUGUGAAGGGAACAGCCAAAAUCAAAGCUCCUGAAAUGGACAUCAAAGGAAGAGCUGAAACAGCUGAAGGAAAAGUUAAUGUAGAUGCAGACAAAGGAGAUGCAAAGGUCAGAAUGCCAAAGUUGAAACUACCCAAAGUUAGACUCUCACACCAUUCAGAUGAAAUUGAUGGUGACAUCAAGGUAAAAGCUGGAGGCAUCAAAAUGCCUCACACUGACAUAAAACCUCCAGAGGUAGAAAUCAAAGGAGACGGGCAGAUCGGUCUUCCCUCUGUUGAUAUUUCUUUGCCGAAAGUGAAGGGAAAGACUGACAUAUUGGUCAAAGAUCACGAAGGAAUUGGCAAGACUGCAAUCAACAUGCCUGCCAGUGACAUCUCUGUAGCUGAUAUUGAUUUGGAAUUAGACAGCGGACGGAGAAUUCCUGAUGAGGUCGAGGGCACUUUUAAAGGGCCCAAGAUCUCUAUGCCAAAGGUUGACAUCUCACUACCUAAGAUGGGAUCAUCGGUGGACACUGAGUGCCCAGAAGUGGAAGGAAAAUUCUCUCUACCUUCUGUUGAGCUCUCACUCCCAAAGGUCAAAUCAGACAGUGGAGAUGUCCAUAUGGACAAUUAUGUUGGUGGUGAUGGAAAAUUCAAAAUGCCUGAUUUUGACAUUUCUCAACCAGGAGAAGUAAACAUAAGGGGACAAGGUGUGGAAGGGGAAUUCAAGUUACCAAAAGUGGACCUGAUCCUUCCCAAAGGCAAAGCAGGAGUGACUGAUGUUGAAGGGGAAGGAAAUGUUCAGUUACCACCACUUGACAUUUCACUCCCUAAAAUGAGGACAGGUGAAGUGGAAGUUACCAUUGAAGGUCCAGCAGCGAAAGGCAGAAAAUUUGAAAUGCAUUUACCUGACAUCUCUCUACCCAAAGGCAAAAUGGAAGGAGACACUGAAAUAGAAGGACUAUCUCAGGAGGAAGGAAAAUUCAUAAUGCCUUCUAUAGAUGUUUCUCUGCCACACCUUAAACAUCCAGAGGGGCCUGAACAUGAGGGUGGAAGUGAAAUCCAGAUACCCUCUGUUGAUAUUUCUCUUGAAAAAGGAAGGACAAAGGGCAAAAUUGAAAUGGAGGCUCCCUCUGCUAAAGGACGAUUCAAAAUGCCUUCACUUGAUGUCAGACUCCCUAAGAUAGGAACAUCUGAAACUGAGGCUAAUUUACAUGGUUCUGAUAUCAAAGGAGGGAAAAUUGAGGUGCCAUCAAUAGAUGUUUCUCUGUCAAAAGACAAGGGAGGGGCUGAAACUGAUGGAAAAGAAAGCAAUUUUAAAAUGCCUUCAUGCAAUAUAUCCCUACCAAAACUGAAGCCAUCUGAAAAAGAGCUUGUUUUAGAAGGAAGUGAAGUAAAAGGAGGCAAACUCAGCAUGCCCACUGUAGAAAUUUCUCCUCCAAAGAUAAAGCUACCUGACCCAGAUGUCAAACUUGAAGGACCAGAACAUCCAGGUGUUGACUUUUCACUAUCCGAGCCAAACAUUGAGGCCAAUGUGGAGCUCGGUGGCAGUGGGGGUGGCAAGUUCCAGCUCCCAACUUUUGAUAUCUCACUUCCAAAGGUGCCCACCAAAGAAGGAGAAUUUGAUAUUGAAUCUAAAGCCAAAGGAGGAGCAAAGUUCAACGUCCCAUCACUUGACUUCUCUCUUCCUGUAAUGAAAUCACCAGAGGGAGAAGUAAAGAUUGAGAGCCCUGAAGUCAAAGGAGGAAAAUUCCAGAUGUCUUCUUUGGAUGUCUCACUACCAAAGAUGAAGAUGCCUGAGGGAAAUCUUGUCCUAGAAGGACCUUCUCUUGACAUCUCUCCUCCAAAGGGAAAAGCAAAAGGAAAAGCCGAGGGAAAAGUAGGGGGACAAAUUGAAGGGCACACUGGCAAAGGCAACAAGUUCAACAUGCCCUCUAUUAACAUCUCUCUCCCUAAAAUAAAAUAUAAAAGACCAGAUAUAAAUACUGAAGGUCCUCAAGUCAAAGGUGGAAAGCCAAACAUGCCAUCCAUAGAUCUUUCUACACCUAAAAUAAAAUCUCAGGAUGUAGAUGUCACUCUUGAGAGUCCUGAUGUCAAGGGAGGGAAGAUCAAAAUUCCAACUGCUGAUGUUUCACUUCCUAAAGGAAAGGUUGAGGGUGACAUAAAUAUCGAAGGCCCUGAGAUGAAAGGGGGCAAAUUCAAAAUGCCAAAAUUUGAUGUUUCUUUGCCUAAAGUCAGUCUCCCAAAGGCUGGAGUCGAUGUUGAAGGACCAGAUGGGGAAGGAAAUCUUGAAAUACCCACUGCUGAUAUUUCUCUUCCAAAGGGAAAAGCAGAUGUGGAUAUUGACAUUGAAGGAAAAACUGGUAAAGGUGGCAAGUUUCACAUGCCUUCAGCUGAUAUUUCUCUUCCUAAAAUCAAAGCAAAGGGACUUGAUGUUGAUAUCCAAGGACCUGAAGUCAAAGGUGAUAUGUCACUGCCAGAAAUCAAGUCUCCAGAGGUAGAUAUCAGCCUUCAAGGUCCAGAUAUUAAAGGGGGGAAAUUUAAAUUGCCCACUGUCGACAUGCCAUCAUUGGAUCUCUCACUACCCAAAAUGAAGUCUCCAGAUGUAGAUGUCACUCUUCAGGGUCCUGAUGUCAAGGGAGGGAAGAUCAAAAUUCCAACUGUUGAUGUUUCACUUCCUAAAGGAAAGGUUGAGGGUGACAUAAAUAUCGAAGGCCCUGAGAUGAAAGGGGGCAAAUUCAAAAUGCCAAAAUUUGAUGUUUCUUUGCCUAAAGUCAGUCUCCCAAAGGCUGGAGUCGAUGUUGAAGGACCAGAUUUCAAAGGGAAACUUCAGAUGCCCACUGCUGAUAUUUCUCUUCCAAAAGGAAAAGCAGAUGUGGAUAUUGACAUUGAAGGAAAAACUGGUAAAGGUGGCAAGUUUCACAUGCCUUCAGUUGAUAUUUCUCUUCCUAAAAUCAAAGCAAAGGGACUUGAUGUUGAUAUCCAAGGACCUGAAGUCAAAGGUGAUAUGUCACUGCCAGAAAUCAAGUCUCCAGAGGUAGAUAUCAGCCUUCAAGGUCCAGAUAUUAAAGGGGGGAAAUUUAAAUUGCCCACUGUCGACAUGCCAUCAUUGGAUCUCUCACUACCCAAAAUGAAGUCUCCAGAUGUAGAUGUCACUCUUGAGGGUCCUGAUGUCAAGGGAGGGAAGAUCAAAAUUCCAUCUGUUGAUGUUUCACUUCCUAAAGGAAAAAUUGAGGGCAACCUUGAUGUUGAAGGCCCUGAAGUGAAGGGCGACAAGUUUAAAAUGCCGAAAUUCGAUAUUUCUUUACCAAAAGAGAGUCUUCCAGAAGGUGAUGUCAAAAUAAAAGGUCCUGACAUUAAAACUGGAAAGAUUGAGAUGCCAGACAUCGAUAUUUCACUCCCCAAAGGAAAAGCAAAAGGAAAAAUUGAAGGCGAUAUUGGAAAAGGUGGAAAGUUCCACAUGCCAUCUAUUGACCUCUCUUUUCCUAAAAUCAAAGCCAAAGGUCCUGAAAUUAAUGUUGAAGGCCCUCAGGUUGAAGGUGGGAAGCUAAAUAUGCCAUCCCUUGAUGUUUCGCUACCCAAAAUGAAGUCUCCAGAUGUAGAUGUCACUCUUCAGGGUCCUGAUGUCAAGGGAGGGAAGAUCAAAAUUCCAACUGCUGAUGUUUCACUUCCUAAAGGAAAGGUUGAGGGUGACAUAAAUAUCGAAGGCCCUGAGAUGAAAGGGGGCAAAUUCAAAAUGCCAAAAUUUGAUGUUUCUUUGCCUAAAGUCAGUCUCCCAAAGGCUGGAGUCGAUGUUGAAGGACCAGAUUUCAACGGGAAACUUCAAAUGCCCACUGCUGAUAUUUCACUUCCAAAGGGAAAAGCAGAUGUGGAUAUUGACAUUGAAGGAAAAACUGGUAAAGGUGGCAAGUUUCACAUGCCUUCAGCUGAUAUUUCUCUUCCUAAAAUCAAAGCAAAGGGACUUGAUGUUGAUAUCCAAGGACCUGAAGUCAAAGGUGAUAUGUCACUGCCAGAAAUCAAGUCUCCAGAGGUAGAUAUCAGCCUUCAAGGUCCAGAUAUUAAAGGGGGGAAAUUUAAAUUGCCCACUGUCGACAUGCCAUCAUUGGAUCUCUCACUACCCAAAAUGAAGUCUCCAGAUGUAGAUGUCACUCUUCAGGGUCCUGAUGUCAAGGGAGGGAAGAUCAAAAUUCCAACUGUUGAUGUUUCACUUCCUAAAGGAAAGGUUGAGGGUGACAUAAAUAUCGAAGGCCCUGAGAUGAAAGGGGGCAAAUUCAAAAUGCCAAAAUUUGAUGUUUCUUUGCCUAAAGUCAGUCUCCCAAAGGCUGGAGUCGAUGUUGAAGGACCAGAUUUCAACGGGAAACUUCAAAUGCCCACUGCUGAUAUUUCACUUCCAAAAGGAAAAGCAGAUGUGGAUAUUGACAUUGAAGGGAAAACCGGUAAAGGUGGCAAGUUUCACAUGCCUUCAGUUGAUAUUUCUCUUCCUAAAAUCAAAGCAAAGGGACUUGAUGUUGAUAUCCAAGGACCUGAAGUCAAAGGUGAUAUGUCACUCCCUAAAAUCAAGUCUCCAGAGGUAGAUAUCAGCCUUCAAGGUCCAGAUAUUAAAGGGGGGAAAUUUAAAUUGCCCACUGUCGACAUGCCAUCAUUGGAUCUCUCACUACCCAAAAUGAAGUCUCCAGAUGUAGAUGUCACUCUUGAGGGUCCUGAUGUCAAGGGAGGGAAGAUCAAAAUUCCAUCUGUUGAUGUUUCACUUCCUAAAGGAAAAAUUGAGGGCAACCUUGAUGUUGAAGGCCCUGAAGUGAAGGGCCACAAGUUUAAAAUGCCGAAAUUCGAUAUUUCUUUACCAAAAGAGAGUCUUCCAGAAGGUGAUGUCAAAAUAAAAGGUCCUGACAUUAAAACUGGAAAGAUUGAGAUGCCAGACAUCGAUAUUUCACUCCCCAAAGGAAAAGCAAAAGGAAAAAUUGAAGGCGAUAUUGGAAAAGGUGGAAAGUUCCACAUGCCAUCUAUUGACCUCUCUUUUCCUAAAAUCAAAGCCAAAGGUCCUGAAAUUAAUGUUGAAGGCCCUCAGGUUGAAGGUGGGAAGCUAAAUAUGCCAUCCCUUGAUGUUUCGCUACCCAAAAUGAAGUCUCCAGAUGUAGAUGUCACUCUUGAGGGUCCUGAUGUCAAGGGAGGGAAGAUCAAAAUUCCAACUGUUGAUGUUUCACUUCCUAAAGGAAAGGUUGAGGGUGACAUAAAUAUCGAAGGCCCUGAGAUGAAAGGGGGCAAAUUCAAAAUGCCAAAAUUUGAUGUUUCUUUGCCUAAAGUCAGUCUCCCAAAGGCUGGAGUCGAUGUUGAAGGACCAGAUUUCAACGGGAAACUUCAAAUGCCCACUGCUGAUAUUUCACUUCCAAAAGGAAAAGCAGAUGUGGAUAUUGACAUUGAAGGAAAAACUGGUAAAGGUGGCAAGUUUCACAUGCCUUCAGUUGAUAUUUCUCUUCCUAAAAUCAAAGCAAAGGGACUUGAUGUUGAUAUCCAAGGACCUGAAGUCAAAGGUGAUAUGUCACUGCCAGAAAUCAAGUCUCCAGAGGUAGAUAUCAGCCUUCAAGGUCCAGAUAUUAAAGGGGGGAAAUUUAAAUUGCCCACUGUCGACAUGCCAUCAUUGGAUCUCUCACUACCCAAAAUGAAGUCUCCAGAUGUAGAUGUCACUCUUCAGGGUCCUGAUGUCAAGGGAGGGAAGAUCAAAAUUCCAACUGUUGAUGUUUCACUUCCUAAAGGAAAGGUUGAGGGUGACAUAAAUAUCGAAGGCCCUGAGAUGAAAGGGGGCAAAUUCAAAAUGCCAAAAUUUGAUGUUUCUUUGCCUAAAGUCAGUCUCCCAAAGGCUGGAGUCGAUGUUGAAGGACCAGAUUUCAAAGGGAAACUUCAGAUGCCCACUGCUGAUAUUUCUCUUCCAAAGGGAAAAGCAGAUGUGGAUAUUGACAUUGAAGGAAAAACUGGUAAAGGUGGCAAGUUUCACAUGCCUUCAGUUGAUAUUUCUCUUCCUAAAAUCAAAGCAAAGGGACUUGAUGUUGAUAUCCAAGGACCUGAAGUCAAAGGUGAUAUGUCACUGCCAGAAAUCAAGUCUCCAGAGGUAGAUAUCAGCCUUCAAGGUCCAGAUAUAAAAGGGGGGAAAUUUAAAUUGCCCACUGUCGACAUGCCAUCAUUGGAUCUCUCACUACCCAAAAUGAAGUCUCCAGAUGUAGAUGUCACUCUUGAGGGUCCUGAUGUCAAGGGAGGGAAGAUCAAAAUUCCAUCUGUUGAUGUUUCACUUCCUAAAGGAAAAAUUGAGGGCAACCUUGAUGUUGAAGGCCCUGAAGUGAAGGGCGACAAGUUUAAAAUGCCGAAAUUCGAUAUUUCUUUACCAAAAGAGAGUCUUCCAGAAGGUGAUGUCAAAAUAAAAGGUCCUGACAUUAAAACUGGAAAGAUUGAGAUGCCAGACAUCGAUAUUUCACUCCCCAAAGGAAAAGCAAAAGGAAAAAUUGAAGGCGAUAUUGGAAAAGGUGGAAAGUUCCACAUGCCAUCUAUUGACCUCUCUUUUCCUAAAAUCAAAGCCAAAGGUCCUGAAAUUAAUGUUGAAGGCCCUCAGGUUGAAGGUGGGAAGCUAAAUAUGCCAUCCCUUGAUGUUUCGCUACCCAAAAUGAAGUCUCCAGAUGUAGAUGUCACUCUUGAGGGUCCUGAUGUCAAGGGAGGGAAGAUCAAAAUUCCAACUGUUGAUGUUUCACUUCCUAAAGGAAAGGUUGAGGGUGACAUAAAUAUCGAAGGCCCUGAGAUGAAAGGGGGCAAAUUCAAAAUGCCAAAAUUUGAUGUUUCUUUGCCUAAAGUCAGUCUCCCAAAGGCUGGAGUCGAUGUUGAAGGACCAGAUUUCAACAGGAAACUUCAAAUGCCCACUGCUGAUAUUUCACUUCCAAAAGGAAAAGCAGAUGUGGAUAUUGACAUUGAAGGAAAAACCGGUAAAGGUGGCAAGUUUCACAUGCCUUCAGUUGAUAUUUCUCUUCCUAAAAUCAAAGCAAAGGGACUUGAUGUUGAUAUCCAAGGACCUGAAGUCAAAGGUGAUAUGUCACUGCCAGAAAUCAAGUCUCCAGAGGUAGAUAUCAGCCUUCAAGGUCCAGAUAUUAAAGGGGGGAAAUUUAAAUUGCCCACUGUCGACAUGCCAUCAUUGGAUCUCUCACUACCCAAAAUGAAGUCUCCAGAUGUAGAUGUCACUCUUCAGGGUCCUGAUGUCAAGGGAGGGAAGAUCAAAAUUCCAACUGUUGAUGUUUCACUUCCUAAAGGAAAGGUUGAGGGUGACAUAAAUAUCGAAGGCCCUGAGAUGAAAGGGGGCAAAUUCAAAAUGCCAAAAUUUGAUGUUUCUUUGCCUAAAGUCAGUCUCCCAAAGGCUGGAGUCGAUGUUGAAGGACCAGAUUUCAAAGGGAAACUUCAGAUGCCCACUGCUGAUAUUUCUCUUCCAAAGGGAAAAGCAGAUGUGGAUAUUGACAUUGAAGGAAAAACUGGUAAAGGUGGCAAGUUUCACAUGCCUUCAGUUGAUAUUUCUCUUCCUAAAAUCAAAGCAAAGGGACUUGAUGUUGAUAUCCAAGGACCUGAAGUCAAAGGUGAUAUGUCACUGCCAGAAAUCAAGUCUCCAGAGGUAGAUAUCAGCCUUCAAGGUCCAGAUAUUAAAGGGGGGAAAUUUAAAUUGCCCACUGUCGACAUGCCAUCAUUGGAUCUCUCACUACCCAAAAUGAAGUCUCCAGAUGUAGAUGUCACUCUUCAGGGUCCUGAUGUCAAGGGAGGGAAGAUCAAAAUUCCAUCUGUUGAUGUUUCACUUCCUAAAGGAAAAAUUGAGGGCAACCUUGAUGUUGAAGGCCCUGAAGUGAAGGGCGACAAGUUUAAAAUGCCGAAAUUCGAUAUUUCUUUACCAAAAGAGAGUCUUCCAGAAGGUGAUGUCAAAAUAAAAGGUCCUGACAUUAAAACUGGAAAGAUUGAGAUGCCAGACAUCGAUAUUUCACUCCCCAAAGGAAAAGCAAAAGGAAAAAUUGAAGGCGAUAUUGGAAAAGGUGGAAAGUUCCACAUGCCAUCUAUUGACCUCUCUUUUCCUAAAAUCAAAGCCAAAGGUCCUGAAAUUAAUGUUGAAGGCCCUCAGGUUGAAGGUGGGAAGCUAAAUAUGCCAUCCCUUGAUGUUUCGCUACCCAAAAUGAAGUCUCCAGAUGUAGAUGUCACUCUUGAGGGUCCUGAUGUCAAGGGAGGGAAGAUCAAAAUUCCAACUGUUGAUGUUUCACUUCCUAAAGGAAAGGUUGAGGGUGACAUAAAUAUCGAAGGCCCUGAGAUGAAAGGGGGCAAAUUCAAAAUGCCAAAAUUUGAUGUUUCUUUGCCUAAAGUCAGUCUCCCAAAGGCUGGAGUCGAUGUUGAAGGACCAGAUUUCAAAGGGAAACUUCAAAUGCCCACUGCUGAUAUUUCACUUCCAAAGGGAAAAGCAGAUGUGGAUAUUGACAUUGAAGGAAAAACUGGUAAAGGUGGCAAGUUUCACAUGCCUUCAGUUGAUAUUUCUCUUCCUAAAAUCAAAGCAAAGGGACUUGAUGUUGAUAUCCAAGGACCUGAAGUCAAAGGUGAUAUGUCACUGCCAGAAAUCAAGUCUCCAGAGGUAGAUAUCAGCCUUCAAGGUCCAGAUAUUAAAGGGGGGAAAUUUAAAUUGCCCACUGUCGACAUGCCAUCAUUGGAUCUCUCACUACCCAAAAUGAAGUCUCCAGAUGUAGAUGUCACUCUUCAGGGUCCUGAUGUCAAGGGAGGGAAGAUCAAAAUUCCAACUGUUGAUGUUUCACUUCCUAAAGGAAAGGUUGAGGGUGACAUAAAUAUCGAAGGCCCUGAGAUGAAAGGGGGCAAAUUCAAAAUGCCAAAAUUUGAUGUUUCUUUGCCUAAAGUCAGUCUCCCAAAGGCUGGAGUCGAUGUUGAAGGACCAGAUUUCAACGGGAAACUUCAAAUGCCCACUGCUGAUAUUUCACUUCCAAAAGGAAAAGCAGAUGUGGAUAUUGACAUUGAAGGAAAAACCGGUAAAGGUGGCAAGUUUCACAUGCCUUCAGUUGAUAUUUCUCUUCCUAAAAUCAAAGCAAAGGGACUUGAUGUUGAUAUCCAAGGACCUGAAGUCAAAGGUGAUAUGUCACUCCCUAAAAUCAAGUCUCCAGAGGUAGAUAUCAGCCUUCAAGGUCCAGAUAUUAAAGGGGGGAAAUUUAAAUUGCCCACUGUCGACAUGCCAUCAUUGGAUCUCUCACUACCCAAAAUGAAGUCUCCAGAUGUAGAUGUCACUCUUCAGGGUCCUGAUGUCAAGGGAGGGAAGAUCAAAAUUCCAACUGUUGAUGUUUCCCUUCCUAAAGGAAAGGUUGAGGGUGACAUAAAUAUCGAAGGCCCUGAGAUGAAAGGGGGCAAAUUCAAAAUGCCAAAAUUUGAUGUUUCUUUGCCUAAAGUCAGUCUCCCAAAGGCUGGAGUCGAUGCUGAAGGACCAGAUUUCAACAGGAAACUUCAAAUGCCCACUGCUGAUAUUUCACUUCCAAAAGGAAAAGCAGAUGUGGAUAUUGACAUUGAAGGGAAAACCGGUAAAGGUGGCAAGUUUCACAUGCCUUCAGCUGGUAUUUCUCUUCCUAAAAUCAAAGCAAAGGGACUUGAUGUUGAUAUCCAAGGACCUGAAGUCAAAGGUGAUAUGUCACUCCCUAAAAUCAAGUCUCCAGAGGUAGAUAUCAGCCUUCAAGGUCCAGAUAUUAAAGGGGGGAAAUUUAAAUUGCCCACUGUCGACAUGCCAUCAUUGGAUCUCUCACUACCCAAAAUGAAGUCUCCAGAUGUAGAUGUCACUCUUCAGGGUCCUGAUGUCAAGGGAGGGAAGAUCAAAAUUCCAACUGUUGAUGUUUCCCUUCCUAAAGGAAAGGUUGAGGGCAACCUUGAUGUUGAAGGCCCUGAGAUGAAAGGGGGCAAAUUCAAAAUGCCGAAAUUUGAUGUUUCUUUGCCUAAAGUCAGUCUCCCAAAGGCUGGAGUCGAUGUUGAAGAACCAGAUUUCAACGGGAAACUUCAAAUGCCCACUGCUGAUAUUUCACGUCCAAAGGGAAAAGUAGAUGUGGAUAUUGACAUUGGAGGGAAAACCGGUAAAGGUGGCAAGUUUCACAUGCCUUCAGUUGAUAUUUCUCUUCCUAAAAUCAAAGCAAAGGGACUUGAUGUUGAUAUCCAAGGACCUGAAGUCAAAGGUGAUAUGUCACUGCCAGAAAUCAAGUCUCCAGAGGUAGAUAUCAGCCUUCAAGGUCCAGAUAUAAAAGGGGGGAAAUUUAAAUUGCCCACUGUCGACAUGCCAUCAUUGGAUCUCUCACUACCCAAAAUGAAGUCUCCAGAUGUAGAUGUCACUCUUCAGGGUCCUGAUGUCAAGGGAGGGAAGAUCAAAAUCCCAUCUGUUGAUGUUUCCCUUCCUAAAGGAAAGGUUGAGGGUGACAUAAAUAUCGAAGGCCAUGAGAUGAAAGGGGGCAAAUUCAAAAUGCCAAAAUUUGAUGUUUCUUUGCCUAAAGUCAGUCUCCCAGAAGGUGAUGUAAAAAUAAAGGGCCCUGAUACUAAAGGUGGGACAAUUGAGAUACCCGAAAUUGAUAUUUCACUCCCUAAAGCAAAAGCACACGGAGAAAUUGACGGGCAUUCUGAAAAGGGUGGAAGGUUUCAUAUGCCAUCUGUCUCUCUUCCUAAAAUCAAAGCAACGGGACCUCAAUUCAACAUAGAAGGUGCAUAUCCAGGGUUUGAGAUUUUACUACCUGAAGGAAAAGCUGAAGUUGACCUCAACAUCGAAGGUCCUGGCAAUAAAGGAAGCAAAUUCACAAUGCCCAAAGUUGAUAUUUCAUUUCCAAAGAUGAACUUCCCAGAAGGUGAUAUCAAAGUGGAAGGACCCAACGUGAAGGGAGAAAAGGUCACAGUUCCAGAGGGUAAAGUAGAGGGAGAUAUCAAUAUUGAAGGACUCUCUGAAAAAGGAAGGUUUGAUAUCCCAAAGGUUGAAGUUGAUAAAAAAGGAGGUGGAUUCCACAUGCCAACUCUUGACAUAAAUCUGCCCAAAUUUGACCUUGACCUCAGCCUGCCCUCUGGUGUAAAACCUAAAGGCUUCAAAGUUGAUACUCUAAGUUCUGAUGCAUCUGGAGAUUUGGAGAUGUCUGGUCUUACAGGAGGCCUUAAUCCUGCCAAAUUGGAAGUUAAGAAUGAAGAUAUAGAGACAGGUGGUCUAGAAGGUCCAGGUGCAUCCCUAAAACUUCCCACAGUAAAACUACCAACAGUUGACAUCUCAGCUCCAAAGAUGGAUCUCAAUUUUGGCCUUACAAAACCCAAAGGUGAUGAUGUGGAAGUAGAACUUCUGAAAGCAGAAGGAGGAAGGCCUUCUUCAGGGGGCAGCUUUGAUCUACCUGUUUUCCUCAAAGUACCUAGUUUCACUCUUCCUAGGUUUGGGGGAAAGACAAAGAGCUGUAACUUGGAAAUACCAGGACCUAAGGGAGACACUUCACUCAGUUCACCACAUGUAGAAGGAGAGAUCAGAGCACCGUCGGUGGAGUUUGAUGGAGGUGGAAAAGUCAAGGUGAAAAAACCUAAAAUCAAACUGCCCUCAUUUGGCAUGUCCAAGAAGGCUGCAGAUGUACCAGUAUCUUGUCCUGAUGUUGAUGUUAAAGGGAAAAAGGGAAAAAUUGACAUUCAUCAACCAGAUAUCAAUGUUGACAACUCAGAUGACAUGUCAAAAUACAAAAUGAAAUUUCCCAAGUUAAAAAUAUCAUCACCCAAAAGUGAACUCCCAGAGGAAAAAGUUGAAGCAAAACUGGAUGCAGAUGUAGAGGCGAAAGGUGGCUUCCAUGCACCUGACGUCUCUUUAAAACUGCCAAAGUUUUCUAUGCCAGGCUUUGUCUCUAAAGAAAAAGACCUAGGUAAGCCAAGUGGUGACCUUGAAGCUAAAACCAAGGUCAAGAUGCCUUCUGUUGAGCUCUCGCUACCAGCAGCUAAAACACCAGAGACUGAGGUUCUUCUCCCAAAAGCAGAAGUUGAUGUUACAGAGGCUGAUAUAAGAGGUUAUGAGGGAAACCUUAAAAUUCCCAAAAUGCCAACGAUUGAUGUUUCUCUCCCCAAAUUAGACCUUGAUGUGUCCUUGCCCAGAGGAAAGUCUCCAAAGAUUGAAGGACCAGAUCUGGAGCUAAAAGGGGGUGACGGAAAAUUCAAAAUGCCUCAUUUUAAUAUCCCUGCACUUGAUAUUUCACUUCCAAAAGCAAAGACUGAUUCACCAGAUUUAGAAAUGAAGGAGACUACAGAGGGAAAGUUAAAAAUGCCUCACAUAAAAAUGCCCAACAUUGACAUAUCGCUUCCUAAAGGAAAACUCAAAGGCACUGAGGCAGAAAUAGAAGUGGAUGGACAAGGAGAAGCAAAAGUCAAAACACCUUAUCUGAAAAUGCCCGAUGCUGAUGUCUCUCUGCCUAAAGGUCAUAUUGAAGGUCCAGAGAUAGAGAUUCAAGGAGAAGGUGGAAAACUCAAGUUGCCACAUCUAAGCAUGCCUUCUGUUGAUAUUUCAUUGCCCAAAGGGAAGAUUGGAGGUCCAGAUGUUGAAGUAGAAGGACAUACCAAAGGAAAAUUUAAGAUGCCUCACUGGAAAAAGCCAGAUGUUGAUAUCUCUCUAACCAAAGGACAGAUUGAAGGUCCAGAAGUGGAGUUAAAGGGGGAAGGUGGAAAAUUUAAGAUGCCACAUCUAAGCAUGCCCUCUGUUGAUAUUUCACUGCCCAGCGGAAAGACUGGAGAUGCAGAGAUUGAAACAGAAGGAAAUGAAAGAAAGAAAUUCAAAACACCACAAAUAAAAAUGCCUUCAGUUGAUAUUUCAGCACCCAAGGGAAAGAUUGAAGGUGCAGAUGUCGAAAUGAAUGUUGAUAUUUCUCUACCUAAAGGAAAAGUUGAAAGUCCAGGAGUUCGAGAUGUGGAGAUCAAAGGAGAAGCUGGAAAAUCCAAGAUGCCCCACAUCAAUAUGCCUUCAGUUGAUAUUUCACUACCUAAAGGAAAAACAGAAGGUGCAGAGAUCGAGCUGGAAGGAGGUGCACGGGGGGGGAUCAGAAUGCCUCAGCUCAAAAUGCCAGGUUUUAACGUCUCUCUACCCAAAGGAAAAUCUAGCAAAAUUAAAGGAGAGAUGGAAAUUGAGGGAGAUGGCAGCAAAAUGCCACAUAUGACAGUGCCUUCAGUCAAUAUUUCACUUCCAACGGGAGAGACUGAAGGUGCCAACGCUGCAAUUAAGGGUGAGGGAGGGAUAUUCAGGAUGCCAAAAGUUGACAUUUCUCUUCCUAAAGGAAAACCUUCAGUGCAAGGUCCUGAGGCAGAUAUCAAGGGAGAUAGAGGAGAGUUCAAGAUGCCAAAUGUGGCCAUAUCACUUCCCAAGGGAAAAGUAAACAUUGAUACACCAGCAGAGAAAAUGGAGACAGAGGGAGGAAUCAUCAAACUGCCAGAUAUCAAGAUGCCAAAAGUUGAUAUUUCACUCCCGAAAGGCAAAUGUAAAGGUAGUGAUGUACCUGUUGUAGAGAUGAAAGUAACCAGUUCUGAUAUUAAAGUUCCAGAGGGAGAAAUACUACUGCCAAUGGCUAAAACCACUGAAGCAGAGAUUAACUUACCAAGUGGUAAGGCUGAUCUGGACACUGGGGCUGUUGGAGAAGCUGAUUUGCAUUUUGAGGGUGAGCACAAAGGCCUAAAAUUAAAAGUCCCAACAAUAGAUAUCAAAGGUCCAAAAGGAGGCUUAGAACUUGAUACUGGACUUCACAAAGGGGAGGGCAAAAAGGAAAGGAAAAAAGUUGAUCUACCUGACUUAGAUGUCAGUACAGAAACCAGCAGCAAAGUAAAGGGGCCUAAAGUCAAAGGAACAAAAUUCAAGAUUGGAAUGCCAAAAAAGAAAAAUGGUGGAGAAAGAUUUGAGUAUUUUGAAGUUGAAACCCAGAAUGGUCAUAAAGAUGACAAAAAUCGUGUUAACCAUCCAGUACCAGAAGUUACAUUACCAAGUGCAAGUCUAAAAACAGACGUGAAAGGAGAGGGUGGCUCCUCAUCUCCACAUGCAGGAAUCAGAGUCCCCAAAAUACCAGACAUAGAGUUUGAUAUUGGCUCAUCUCAAGAUGGAGAUGACAGCAAAACAGAAAAAGGCAAGAAAAUCAAAAUCCCUAAGUUUGGCGUCCCAUUACCCUCCCUAUCCUCACCAGAGGAAAGUGUGAAUGUCCAUGGGCCAGAAAUUCAGUAUGAGGGCCCUAAAAUGCCUAAAGUAAAGAAAGCGGUUUUUGUCUUGGUAGACACUCCUCCAACAAAUGAGCCUGCUACAAGCACAAGUCCCUUAAAAGGAGAAGCAAUGGCUGAGGCUGAGACAGAGACUGUCAAAGUGAAGAUGCCCAAAAUCAAAAAGAAGCCAAGCUUUGGAAAGUCCAAAGAAAAGUCAGCUGCUGCAAGUGCAGAAAAAGAAGGGGCAGAAGAAGAAAAGUCAAAGGGGGGAAGAAUAAAGAUGCCUAAAGUAUCAUUUUCGUCUGGCAAAUCUGCAUCAUUUGGUGGUGACACUGUCAAAAGAGAAGGUUCAAGUUCAAGUCUCAAUGGUGAAAGCCCUCACAAGGGCUCCAAGGAAGAGAAGGUGGCAUUCAGUGGUAAAAUUAAACUCCCAAAGGUGGAGUUCACCAGUCUAUAUGGGAAGAUGGGUGCAAGAGGAGCAGACAUGGAAACAAGUGGGGAACUGGGAAAGCAUUCAUCACCAGAAGAAGUACAAUCAAGCACAAUGUUACCAGAGGGUUUCACUGAGGAGCCUUUGAAGGAUUUGGUGUCUUCUCGUGCCAGAACAGAAAUGCUGGACAGGGACAGCUCAGAGUCCCCUUCUGGUUUUGCCACGGAGUUCACCUCAACAAAGUUUCAAGCUUGGAGCAAGGUGGAGAGCAAAAGCAGGGAGUCAGAAGAGAGAGAGUCUUCCUCAUGGUUUAAGGUCCCAAAGGUCACCUUGAAGCCACAUGCCACAGGCUUCCUCCAGAUAACUCCAGAGGGUUCUCCUCAGGCCCAGCGGAAAGGUGAGGUAGGGGGUGAGGCAGAUGUCUCGGGGUCUUUCUGCCUCCACACCUCAGGGCUCGACUUUACCACCUCGCAAAUGACCGAAGAGCACCAAAUCUCUUCCUCCGAGGAGGGAACUGUCACCAUGGUGACAAAGACUACCAGAAUCACCCAGCACCUGGAUGAAACACAAACAGACGAGUCUUCAACGACCACAGCAACAACAAAAACAACAACAGCAGCUCACCAGGUGUCAAAGUACUGAAGAUGCUGGAAUGGUAUCUUUAAUGUAUUUUACUUUUCUUGUUAUUUUUGUUUUGUUUUUUUGUGAGGUUGCCGUGUUAAUAUAAAGUAAACCUCUAAUAAAAGGACAGUUCAUCCCCAAAUUAAUGAUACAUUUGUUUUUUCUUCUGACCUGUAGUGCUGUUUAUCUACUGAACUUUUUUGAACUGAUUAUUUGUGGGCUCCACGCAUCAUUUCUCCAGCUAAUAUCGCCAAAACUGGGCAACUCUAACCAAAUCAAUUUAGAUGGAUAAAUAGUAACAUAGCCCAGAGGAACACCAUGUAUAUUAAUUUGGGGUUCAUCUGUGCCUUAACAAAAAAAAUUAUAUUAUAUUUUCAUAGAUGAUGUAUGAAUGUGAUGAACUACAAUAACAUUACAUCAAGCAGUAUUAUUGUCAUUAUUAUAGCUAAAGAUUACUAUAUACUUCCUUCUCUCAUCUUACAUGUGACGACUUUUUUGUUACGGUUUGUUAGUUUAGUCCAAAUUAUUUAUCUGAUUUUGUUUGGUUUUUAAAGGUUUCACUCUGAAUGUAAACAUGUCGGACUGCUUCAUUAUUUAUUUUUGUUUUGUGUUUGAAAUGCGCUGGAAAGAGUCUUUUACUCACAUCAACUUCAUGGUUCAUGAUUCAGUUUCAUGAUCAUUUAAAAAUAUUUCAUUAUGAACCAUCACAACGUAGGCCAGAGGAAUAUUUAUGUAAAUAAAACAAUAUAAUUGCUUUUUUGAAGCUGUUUCCUUUUCAGUUCAUAAUGUAUUUUCAUAUUUACCAAAGCAUAAAUGAUAUUUUUUGACCUGAAACACUGUUUUGUUUGUCUUGAAGAAAAAGUGUGAACUUUCUGAGAUUAUGGGCUUUUUUUGCCAUAGUUUUAUAUAUUAGCACAUUUAGCCUGUGCUUUUUUUUCCAGAGACGGUCAGUGAGUAAGCAGGAUGCUCUGGACUCUUUUUCUGCUGUGGGGAUCAAACCUGUGACUAUCUGGUUAUAGGUUGCUCUCAAAUAUUUAGCCCGACCUGCUGCUAAUAUAUUUUUUAUUAAUGUUUUUACUGUACAAUGCCAAAAAAGGGCACCACUGUAUUUUUUGUGAAUGAGGCUGUAGCUUUAAAAUACACUGAUAUUUCUGAAGCUCGGCUGUUAAGUAUUGUUGCGUUUCAAAACAUCAGCAGUGAGCUGGGCAGAAAUUUGGGGAUUUAAACCAGAAAUUCAGAAAUUUUAGAGAGGAAACUGUAAAGUUUAUUCUGUUGAUCCAAGUUGCUAAAAGGCUGCUAGAGUGAGACUAGCGGGGGUGGCGUGUCUUGAUCUUGUUGCAAAGCAAUCGUGUUAGAAAAAAAGGCCAGAAAACAGAGUUAUAAAUAUUUCUAAAACCACCAAUAAUAACUGUCAGAGUGAUUGAAACUUUAAGUGCCUUUACCCAGUACAUUUUAAACAAUGUAUCUACUAUUUAAUGUAUAAACUGUUUUAAAAUGGAAUAAUCUUCUUGAAUAUCAGUUUUUAUGUCUCUAAAUUUUGAUAUUUAAGUUUAAUUUAUAAACAAAGAACUUACCAUUUAUAAACAUCUUUGUAAUUUUUCUGGUAUUCUGUUAAAACGUCCUACCUUAGAGGAUACACCAAUCAGGCUUUUUGAACGGUUUUCUAUUUUCAAGUAGAUGUAAAACAUUUAAGAGUAAACACCUUUAUGUUUCCUUUAUUUGGUUGACUGCUGGAAUGAAGCUGCGUGGUAAAAUGCAUGAAUCCAUAAAAGAGUUGUCUCAUUAACAACGUUUAGCACAGUGCCUUUUUUUGCAGCUGAGAACUAGAGCUUUAAAAAAAAAAAAAGCUGAGACGAGUAGUGACGUGAAGGUAACGCGCACUGAGGUAGGAUGUACAUGCAUAGAGAUUUUUAACUUUCUGGUUUAACGAGGUCUUCGAAUUUCUUUUUGAUUCUAAGGGUUUCAGUGGCAAGUGUUUUGUCAGAGCUGCAUUGAAAGAAUGUUU